AGGCGUCAGCUGGUGCGUCACAUGAUCGCCAUCAUGUGAUUUGCAUACAGGGGAACGACCUGUUUAGACAGUUGUGCUCAUCAUUAGCAAGAAAGAAGGAUUUCAAGAUAGCCUGAGUGUCUGAUGUUCGUGGUCACUCAGUCCCACACUCACCAUGGCUUGGACAAAAUAUCAGCUCUUUCUCGCCGGUCUGAUGCUCACCACAGGCUCUAUUAACACACUAUCCGCAAAAUGGGCUGAUAUGUUCUCUGCACCUGGAUGUAAUGGUGUCCCAAAUCAUGCCUUCUCCCACCCUUUUGUACAGGCUGUGGGAAUGUUUUUUUUGGGGGAGCUGUCCUGUCUGUUUCACAUUCUCCUUUGUCAUGAUCGGCGCAAACCUGAGCCCACGAUGGAUCCGGGCCAAAGUUUCAACCCCCUACUUUUCCUCCCUCCUGCCCUUUGUGACAUGUUGGGAACUUCCAUCACUGUAUCACUGAACAUGACCAGCGCCUCUAGUUUCCAGAUGCUGCGAGGAGCUGUGAUCAUCUUCACUGGACUGUUGUCUGUAGCAUUCUUAGGACGGCGACUGCAGCCCAGCCAGUGGAUUGGGAUCCUAGUCACCAUCAUCGGUCUGGUGGUGGUUGGCCUGGCUGACUUUCUGAGUGGCCAUGGGAACGACUCCCAUAAGCUCAGUGAGGUUAUCACAGGGGACCUUUUGAUCAUCAUGGCGCAGAUUAUUGUUGCAGUCCAGAUGGUCCUGGAGGAGAAGUUUGUUUACAAGCACAAUGUGCAUCCACUGAAGGCUGUUGGGACUGAAGGUUUUUUUGGAUUUUUCAUCCUCUCUUUGCUCCUCAUCCCAAUGUUCUUCAUCCAUGUGGGAAGUUUUGCAGACAACCCACGGCAGGUCCUUGAAGACGCAUUGGACGCCUUCUGUCAGAUUGGUCAUAAGCCUCUCAUUUUACUGGCAUUGCUGGGCAACACGGUGAGCAUUGCCUUCUUUAACUUCGCCGGCAUCAGCGUCACCAAGGAAAUAAGUGCCACUACUCGCAUGGUGCUGGACAGUCUGCGUACUGUGGUCAUCUGGGUCGUGAGUUUGGCGCUGGGUUGGGAGGUAUUCCACGGCCUACAGAUUUUAGGCUUCAUCAUCCUACUCCUUGGUACAGCACUGUACAAUGGACUCCACAAGCCCUUGAUGGCCAAACUGCCCUGCUGCCCUGGAGAGCUGAGAGCAGAGGAGGAAGAAGCCCCAGAGAGAGAGAGGCUGCUUGGUGGAGGAAGAGCUGCAAACGAGAGCUAAUAUUGGACUUUGAACAAAAUGCUGUCCACAAAGCAUUUUUUGUUUUUAGUUUUAACUGCUAUUUCCAUUUUAAGAGAGAAUAACAUUUUAGUAUUGUUUUAGAGUUUGAUUCAACACUUAGGAACCAUCACUACUUAUUGCCUAAAGCCAUUUCUGUGGGCAUGUCUCAACUGUAAAAAAAAAAAAAAAAAAAAAAAGGAUAGUUUAGUGCUUGGAUUUUAAAAUGGUUUUGAAUGCAAAUUUUCACUUUAGGAAAGGGAACCAUUUUCACAUGAUUCCAAUGGCAAAAAAUUCUUGGAAUAAUAUUUUAAAGUUUUUAAUCCUGUGUUUUAUAGGUUUCAACCUUUUUUGUUGUUGUUUACAUGAUGUGCUGUUGUUUAAAGGACAUUAUUUCUCUAACCAUUUUAUCUGAGGAAUAUUUUUAUUGAUCUGUGAAACGGGUAUUGUGUACUGACAAGAAACUCUUCUGUCAGUCCAUGUAUAUUUGGUUUAUAAAAAUAUGGAAAUAUCCCUCAGUAAGUUUAAUGCCAGUAAAUAUUAUAAUGUUUGAUUUUGUUCUUUCUUUCUUUUUUUUACGGAGUAAGAUACAAGGAACCCUAGUCUCAAAACAGUGUAGUUUCUACUAAAAGUAUAAAACUGACAUCUGUCUGGAUAAAUGUAUAAAUUCCUCUCACAUUCUUAUAAGAAACAUUUGUACAUUGUGGAUGCAUUUGUGUUAAAUGAAAACAUGGAAAGAACUGUUUCAGUGACUAUUAGAUUAAAUCAGAUUAAUUACAAGUAAUGCCUAUAUCACAUAUCCAGUUGUGUAACAACACUAUUGCUGGUUUCUGAGUGCAUUCAGAACUAAUAGUUUUCCUAAAUAAAUGUCUGAACUGUGUAAUUCCACAAUGAAGAUAUGUGACCACCAAAAUAA